AUGAAGGAAGCUAUUGUCCCCAAAGGACUGCUUAUCACCAUCUGGCCUGACCCAGUUGAUUAUGAAUACAAUCAUAACAAUUCUGACGAGAAGGUCUCGGAUAGGAAACUCCCAGAAUGGCUGGACCAGGCCGGUAAUCAGGGCGAUGACAUUGCCGGCAUUGUCGAGGCUGUCGGUGACAAUGUGACCGAGUUCAAGCCCGGAGACCGUGUCAUGGCCUUCCACGAGAUGACCAAGCCAGGCGGCAGUUAUGCCGAGUAUGCUCUCGCCUGGCAGCAUACUACCGCGCACCUUCCGAAGCAUAUCUCAUUCGAGGAGGCGGCCACCAUCCCGCUGGCGGCUUUGACCUCCGUAUCUGCUCUGUACCACCACCUCCAGCUCCCCACCCCUUGGAGUCCGGCCGCAUCAUCUAUCCCGCUGGUAAUCUACGGUGGCGCGUCAGCAAUUGGCGCCUUUGCCAUCCAGCUUGCCCGCAAGAGUAAUAUCCACCCGAUCAUCGCCAUUGCCGGCCGCAGCGCGCCAUUCGUUGAGGGCCUGAUUGAUCGAUCCAAGGGAGACACCAUCAUCGACUACCGCCAGGGCGAUGAGGCCGUUAUCUCCGGUAUCAAGGACGCAUUGAAUGGCGCCGAGCUCUUCCACACAUAUGACUGUGUCAGCGAGGGGUCCAGCUUUGUUAAUCUGGGUAAGGUGGUUGCGCCUGGCGGGAAGAUUGUCACCGUCCUUCCGUUCCAGGAUUACCCUGGCGUUCCGGAGCACGUCCAGGUGAUCAAGAACUCGGUUGGUUGUGUCCAUCAGGAUCAGAAGGAUCUGGGCUACGUCUACUUCCGGUACCUUGCUAAGGGCCUUCAGGACGGUUGGUUCAAGCCUCAUCCGCAUCAGGUUGUGCCCGGUGGUCUCGGAGGGUUGGAGACGGCGCUGUGCAAUCUGAGAGAUGGCAAAGCUAGUGCUACCAAGUAUGUUGUUCGCAUUGGGGAGACUUCCGGCCUUUGA